AUGCCGGGAAUCCAGUCCUUUCUGUGCAUAUACUUGGUUUUAUACCACGUUCUCUACUACCAAAAAGCCCGCCCGCCACCUCCAGAAGAAGACCCCUGGGCAACCCCUCUCGACGAUCUUGCGGUUUGGGCUAACGGCUCAGGGUCCCUCGCGCUGGGGAGCACUUUUCUUGUCUGCUACGGCACCUUCGUCGCCGUCUCACAGGAACCCAUAUCGACUUUCUUCUGCUCGUCUCUCUCGGACAGUCGGAUGUCAACCCUGGCCUUUCAACUUGCCGGACUGUUCUUGGACGCCGUCAUCAUCUCGCUGUUUUGGCGCAUCCUGGCGUGGACGAAGACAACAAAGGUUCGUCUCAGAACGUUGGCUUCUAUCCUGCUCCUCUCGGGAGUCUUCAUCAAGGUCUUUCAGAUCCUCAUCUCCCCGAUCAUCUCCACCAGCGAGGGCUAUCCGGCUUCUAUUGGUGGGAUCGACUCGUUAUACAUCUUCGAUGUCUUCAUCGACAGCUUUGCCUUUGCCGUUCUUGUAAUUUCUCUAGGAAUCCUCAUCUGCGAGACCAGUCCUGUUACUCCUGUGAGUGUCAUCACUUUCAUCUGUGGUAUGACGGCGACUUUCCACAACAUCGGUCGCAUUGGGACUUGGCAGAUGCAGUCAAAAGUUGUCGCCAUCGGGCCACUUUACCUUUUGACUGCGGGCUACAGCCUGUUUCUGUACAGCACAAACGUCCGCUCCAUUCUCUUCAUCCCAAGGGUGUUUCUCCUCGUCAUUCUACUGGCGACGUUCAUUGGGAUGACUAUUACCGGUCUGGUCAAAUCGACCACAGAGAAAUACCAUCCCCUCAACAGAAUCAUCUAUGACACCAGAGUGGAAUCGGACCGGUGGCUCCGGCAUGCCAUGACCAGCGACAACAUUCGCACCGCUGUCGGCGUGUAUCAUGAACGACAUUACGGCAGAGAUCCGCCCCCCAACUUCGACAAGUGGUUCGAUUUUGCCAAGGCGCGCAAGACGGUCAUCACAGACCACUUUGAGCAGAUGGAGAGUGACAUGUUUCCCUUCUGGGGCGUCAAGCCGGAAGCGAUUCGACAAGCUUAUAAUGAGAGGAUUGUGAAGGAGCCGCACAUCGCGGUCGUCACGAUCGAGAACAAGCAAGUAUCACACAACUACGAAGGCGACGAUGAGAACAAGAAGGUGCUCAACGAACUCAUCACCAUGAUCCAAGAGUUUGUGGAGCAUCUUUCCGACAUGAAGUUGCCCAUCAACCUGAGCAACCAGCCAAGGGUAUUGACCCCAUGGUACGAUCUUCGCAAAAUAGACGUUGCAGGGAUGAGGAAGAAGUUCAAACACUUGUCGUCGCGCUCAGCUGAGGAUCCAGCGGUGGGCAGUGCUGGUGAUACUCCUCAAUCCGAGGGGGCCGCCGAGGGGCAGACUCUAGAGAAGCAAGACGCUGGAGACAAGUCGAACACAGAACCUCAGGUUGUCAGAGGCUCGUCCGUUGUCAUACCUCACAGGAAAGAAGACAUGUUUGCGUCCACCAAGGCAUGGCGGGAGUUGGAAGCCGCCGUGUGCCCGGUAGACAGCCCAGGCAGGUCAGGCCUACACUGGAACGUCCGCGAUUUCUGCACUUCAUGCGCCAAGCUGCAUUCCGACGAGCAGUUCCUGAGACGCUACCCCCAAUCUAAAAGUCUGUGUGACCAGCAAGACCUCACUCGGCUUCACAGCUUCCACACGUCGGCGCCGCCAAUCGCCCCUUUUCAGGAGCUGCUGCCCGUCUUCAGCAGGUACAAGGCGGACGGCUUCAACGACAUUCUCAUACCCCUCAUGCCGCUGGCCGCCGACGAGGGUCCCGAGGUGACCAAGGACUUCCGGCAGCGGAAGGACAGCGUGUACUGGCGCGGCAAGGUCGGCGACAAGCCUAUCAGCGAUGAGGCGCUGCGCGGUAAUCACAAGCACCGGCUGGUUCACCUCGUCAAUAACGCGACGGCCGGGGACGAUAUCACAAUGAUGCUCGGCGCACCGGCGCAGGGCAACUGGUACAGCUAUGAGACGGUCGAUGCGCGGGAGGCCAACACCGUACUCCCGCUCGAUGUCGGCAUUUCGGAGUACGCGUGCGAGGGCGGCCCUGGAUGCGACGCGGUCAAGGCGGAGCUGGGCCAGAAGCCGGCAUCGGGUGAUCCGCUUGAGAACCGGUACGUGUUGCUGCUGGACGAGGACACGGCGCCGCCGCCAGGGGUACUGCGGACGAUCCGGUCACCGGGCAGCGUGCCAUUCCUGUCGUCGGUGUUUGGGGAGUGGUACUCGGAGCGGCUGAUUCCGUGGCUGCAUUUCGUUCCCAUCGACACGCGGUUCCAGGGGCUGCACAGCACGGUGGCGUACUUUGUCGGGCUCAAGGGCCGCGGCAAGGUCAACGGGCGCGAGGUGGAAUUUGAGGCGCGGUGGGAGGACGCCGAGUGGAUUGCGACACAGGGGGCACGGUGGGCAGGCAAGGCGCUCCGGAAGGAGGACAUGGAGAUUUACCUGUUCAGACUGCUGCUAGAAUGGGGUCGCGUAGUGAGGGAUGACCGGGACAGCAUCGGGUUCAAGCUGGAAUAG